GCAACAUCUUCGCGCGGGGUCAUUGAUCUUUGUCACUGUCGAUCGCGGUGCCAGGCUAAAAUUUGGUAAGAGGCGCCAACAGUUCGCGACAAUUGAACUCUGGCAGAAACAUAACGCUGUUUCUAGACCUCUCUGUACCUCUAGGAUCCUACAAUGAGCUCGUCUCAACCCGCACCCCGAUGGGCGGCCUUUGCGCGCGACACCAACGAGACUAAGAUCCAGAUCGCCCUUAACCUCGACGGCGGCGCAUUCCCGCCAGACACCGAUCCGCGCCUGCAAGUGAACGGCGCCGACAGCCAUGCCUCCCAGUCGAGCAAGUCGCAAACUAUAAGCAUCAACACGGGCAUUGGAUUUCUCGACCACAUGCUGCAUGCCCUUGCAAAGCACGCCGGUUGGAGUAUGGCGCUCGCCUGCAAAGGCGACCUGCACAUCGACGACCACCACACAGCCGAAGACGUCUGCAUCUCGCUGGGCUACGCCUUCGCCCGGGCCCUCGGCACGCCCACGGGCCUGGCCCGCUUCGGGUACGCCUACGCGCCGCUUGACGAGGCGCUCAGCCGGGCGGUAGUCGACCUGUCGAACCGGCCGUACAGCGUCAUCGACCUUGGGCUCAAGCGCGAGAAGAUAGGCGACCUCAGCACCGAGAUGAUCCCGCACUGCCUGCAAAGUUUCGCGCAGGCUGCCCGCGUCACGCUGCACGUCGACUGCCUGCGGGGCGACAACGAUCACCACAGGGCUGAGAGCGCGUUCAAGGCCCUGGCGGUCGCCGUGAGGCAGGCGACAAGCAGGGUCGCGGGGAGGGAGGGGGAGGUGCCGAGUACGAAGGGAACACUGAGUGUAUGAGGGGAAGUUAGGUCUGGAUAUGGUGGCCUUGUCAAACCGUUAAAGACAAAGAGCGAAAUGGGAUUAGAUGGCGUUUAUAUUAUAAACUUUCCACUUAUGGGCACGGCUCCCAGGCGGGGUGGUAUAUGUAGUGCAAUCAUACUUCUGAACUAGAAGAAGGAAGAGGAAAGGAAUGUGGUAG